GGCAAUAAUUCAGCCUGGUGUAGCCUUUGGUCUACUAGAGAUAAGAAACCAAUAACAAAUCACUCCUUUGUGCAGUGUAUGAAGAGGUUACAGAACAACUGAGAAAAAUGACCAGUGAAUGGUACUUUUCAACUCACUAGACGCCAUGGAAUUGUAAACCAAUCAAAAGUGGAUUGAAGAUUAGCCUUUUCCCCGUAACCCAAUCGGCAUCGUGUAUGCAUGAGUCACUCCAACACUCUGUCCUUACAUGGCACGAAGGACUGAACAGGGUCUACAGAUGGAUAUAAAGGCUGCUAGUUCAGACACAACAACCACAAAUACUACUACAGAACCACAAGGACUACAGUGAAGUCAUACUGUAAGUGAAGCAGAAGCCAUGGGAAAAUUGGUCAUAAUCCUAAACGGAAUUGAGAUAUUCUCCGCCUUUGCCGCCACUAUCAUCCCACUCUUCGAAGUAGUCACUGCAGUGGUGAAGGUGACAAAGGCCCUGGUCGCCAAAGACCUCACCCAAGACCAGAACGCCAAAGAAUUCAACCAAAUCCACGCCAAGCUGGAAAGCAUCUCCAAGACAAACCAGCAGAUUCUGAAGCAGAGUCAACUGGACGAGGUCAAUGAGAAGUACGGCAAGUAUGAAGAGUAUAUCAAGCACCAGUACACCGCCCUCAUCACCAUGGUGGAACAGAUCCAAAAAGACCCUGAGGGAAGAGAGGAAUACAUGGCAGAGUUCCAGAGGGUCUAUGAGAGAGACCUGAGUGACCUUUCUCUAAACAUGUACUACAAAAGUGUCAUAGAAGAGGAGAAAGCUUUUGAACAAAAAGGUUUGCUGAAGGUGUACCAAGAGCACUACAAGCAAAACCGAGACGUCAUGGAGAAAAGGUGUUCCCAACUGGCUAAUAUCUUUCAAAUGGGUCUGAUGACACUAAUGGCAUAUACGGUGGUCACAGAGGAAGAUGAGGAUGUAGUCAGGGAGAAAUGGGACCCCAGGAUGCUGGAGAUUCAGGCCAAGAUGAUUAAGGCGCUGUCCCAGUGUGAAGGGAACUGAUCCUCAUUCACUCCCACGGUCAGGUGGGCACGAGGGCUUUAAGGUUAAAGGUUUUUUGGAGACUACUAAUACUCUUCUUUCAAUUUUAAAAUUAUAGUAAUUUCCGUUUGGGUGGUGGGAAAUUCCUUUGUCAAUGAAUGGAAUGGAUUAAAUCUAGAUUUUAGAAUAUUUUACUAUGAGCAGUGUUGCAAUUCAGUCCUUAUGUUUUCUAUUUUCCACUGCCAACUCUGUCAAGUUUACUUUCAGAAAUGAGUCUGAAUGCAUGCUUUAUGAUAACCUUGUAUACAAUAUCCUUGUUUUUUCUUCCUUGAAUGAAAUGUAUGUUUUCUAAGUAAAUGCUUUUUUGCACUUAAUAAAAAAAUCCAUUAGCACA